AUGGCUUCAGUUUCUCACUAUUUCCUGCUAGUCCUGGUCUUUCUGGAUUCAAAUGCCGCUCAGCCAUCCUGUCAGCCAGGAUGUACCUGCUCAGAGGACAGUUUCGGCAGGACUCUGCAGUGUAUGUCUAUCUCUUUGGGAAAGAUCCCAAGGAACCUUCUUGAAGAGUUAAAGUGGUUGAGGAUUGAAAAUUCGCCCUUAUAUGAACUACCUCGAGGGUCCUUCAUCAACAUGAGCACUUUGGAACACCUUUGGCUUAAUUUUAACAACAUCACUGUGAUACACCUGGGAGCCCUGGAGCACCUGUCAGAACUAAAAGAGCUGAGACUGGAGGGGAACAAGCUCCGCUCAGUACCAUGGACAGCAUUCCAAGCCACCCCUCUCCUGAGGGUGUUGGAUCUCAAGCACAACAGGAUUGAUGCGCUUCCCGAGCUAGCGCUUCAGUUCUUGGUCAACCUGACCUACCUUGACCUAUCCUCCAAUAGGCUUACGGUUGUGUCCAAGAGUGUCUUCUUGAACUGGCUGGCCUACUGGAAACAACGGCAGCCUGGCUGUGGAGCCAAGACUGUCCCCAUCCUCGUGCUGGCACUGCACAACAAUCCCUGGCUAUGUGACUGUCGCCUGAGGGGAUUUGUCCAAUUUGUGAAUUCCAUCAGCAUCCCAGUCAUCCUGGUGAAUUCCUACCUGAUGUGCCAACACCCUCUCUCCAAGGCUGGGCAGCUUUUUCAUGAAACUGAGCUCAGUGCUUGCAGGAAGCCACAGAUCUCUACCCCCAGUGCCAGUGUCACCGUCCAGAUGGGACAUAAUGUGACCCUGAGAUGCCUGGCACAGGCCAGCCCUUCACCAACCAUUGCAUGGACUUAUCCCCUGAGCAUGUGGAGGGAAUUUGAUGUGUUGACUUCGUCAGCUGCAGAAGACACCGCCCUGUCCGAACUGGUCAUACCUGCAGCCCACCUGGUGGACAGAGGCAAUUACACCUGUGUGGCCUCCAACUCUAUGGGCCGGAGCGCGCUGGUCAUCGCCCUCCACGUGCAGCCCGCCCAGACCCCAGCCACUGCCCGCGCCCCUCCUUUGCCCUCGGAGGGUGAGGCCUACAUCGACCUGCGGGUGGUCAGACAGACGGUGCGCGGGAUUUUGCUGGAGUGGUUUGUGGUGGCUGACGGCCCCCGGGACCCGUGGUUCACCCUCUACAUCGCGUCCGAUGCAACGCUCAGGCCCGAGGUGGUGCACAUCGGCCCCGGGGUGAACACGUACGGGCUGGAGGACCUGCGGCCCAGCACGAAGUACGAGGCGUGCCUCAGCCUGGAGGGCCGGCCCGCCCGCAGGGGCCGCUGUGUGGUCUUCGUGACGGGCCGGGCGCAGGGCGAGCUGGCCGCGCGGGAGCGCCUCCUGCACGUGGCCGUGGUGCUGAGCGCCGUGCUGCUCACCCUGCCCGUGGGCGCCUACGUGUGGGCCGCCCAGGCUCGCUGCCGCUGCCCGCCCGGGGGACUGCGCUGCUGUCCCCGGCGCAGAAGGGGCCCCCGCUGUCCUAGGGCGGUGCCCCAGCUCAGGGACUGCUCCUACGUGGGCCACAGAACCCCCCGUGGGGAUGGCCCGGGCCGCAGAGACACUGAGGGUGAGGCGCACAGAGGCGGAGAGCAGGACUGGGCCUGA